GCUUUGACCGGAAAAACAAUGACAGCUUCUUUCUUUACUCCGGUCAGCUAAUCUCUACCUGCCUGUCGUUACCGUGCUGCUGCGCCGGAGUCCAGAGUUUGAAAGUUCAAUUAAUGCAGUCUCUGAUCAUGAAGAGCUCCAAAGAGGCCGUGCAGUCAGCAGCCAAAGAGUUUCUGCAGUUUGUCAACAGAGGAGUGUCUCCAUAUCACGUGGUGGAAGAAUGCAAACGGCGCCUGUUGGCGGCGGGCUUCAUCGAGCUGAAGGAGGCAGAGCAGUGGGACAUCAAGCCGUCCAGCAAGUACUUUGUGACCAGGAACUUCUCCAGCCUCAUCGCCUUCGCUGUGGGCGGACGCUUCCUGCCAGGAAACGGUUUCUCGAUGAUCGGCGCCCACACAGACAGUCCAUGCCUGAGGGUGAAGCCGAGGUCUAAGAGGACCAAGCAGGGCUGUCUGCAGGUCGGGGUGGAGUGUUACGGCGGCGGCAUCUGGAACACCUGGUUCGACCGGGACUUGACCAUCGCCGGCCGAGUUAUGGUCAAGAGUGGCGGCCGUCUUGUUCAGCGGCUGUUCCACGUGCCCAGGCCUCUGCUCAGGAUCCCUCACCUGGCCAUUCACCUGCAGAGGGACAUCAACGACUCCUUCGGUCCCAACAAGGAGAACCACCUGGUGCCCAUCAUCGCCACCGCUGUCCAGGAGGAGCUGGAGACGGGCUGCGCCUCCUCUGGAGAUGCUACCUCUGCUGCCAACACGGCGGAGAAGCACCACCCGGCGCUGGUGAAGGUGCUGUGUUCAGAGCUGGGUGUCGAGCCUGAAGCCCUGCUGGACUUUGAGCUCUGUCUGGCCGACACUCAGCCCGGGGCAUUAGGAGGAGUGUAUGAAGAGUUCAUUUACUCUCCUCGUCUGGACAACCUUCACAGCUGCUACUGCGCCCUGCAGGCGCUGAUGGAGUCCUGCUCAGGAGAUUCUCUGGCCAAAGAUCCCAACGUCCGCAUGAUCACUCUGUACGACAACGAAGAGGUUGGAUCAGAGAGCGCUCAGGGUGCUCAGUCCAACCUGACGGAGCUCAUCCUCAGCCGCCUCUCCGCCUCCGCCUCCAACCUCACCGCCUUCCAGCAGGCUGCACCGCUCUCCUUCAUGAUCAGCGCCGACAUGGCUCACGCUGUGCACCCCAACUACCAGGAAAAGCAUGAGGAGAACCACCGUCCAGCUUUCCACAAGGGCCCGGUGAUAAAGUUCAACAGCAACCAGCGUUACGCCACGACUGCUGUCACCGCCUCCGUGGUCAGAGAGGUCGCCGGCCGGGUCGGCGUGCCUCUGCAGGAUGUGAUGGUCCGUAACGACAGUCCCUGUGGAACCACCAUUGGACCCAUCCUGGCCGCCCGCCUCGGCGUCCCCGUGGUGGACAUCGGGGCUCCGCAGCUCUCCAUGCACUCCAUCAGAGAGAUGUGCUGCACCUCCAGUGUCCUGCAGAGCACCACCCUCUUCAAGGGUUUCUUCGAGCUGUUCCCCACAGUGAGGAGCACGCUGGUUGUCGACUCGAGCUCAGGAGAACCAUAACUGAUGAUAUUUUCAACAUGUGACUGACCUGACUGAUCAAAUGAUGCAAAAAAAAAAAAAAAAAAAGGUGUCAAUCAGGACAUAUGCAUGUUGAAAAUGACGAUUCCUUUCUUAAAAACUGAUUCUCACUCUCAACGAUGUUGCACUCAUCGAUACUGAAGCCUGUUAAGUUCUAAUUAUACCCCAAAUAUAGCAUUUCACAUGACAACACAGAACACAAGCACUUCUUGAUCUUUCUUAUGAACUGACAUUUUAAAGAUAAUAAAAUAUUGAAAGUUUUCCCA